AUGGCAACCCCUCAGGUGCCGUAUGCGGCCCAGGAGCCCGAGGUUAUUACGGGCCUGGUGCGCGAGAUGGAACGGCACGUCCAGAAAAUGCCAGGAAACAAGGCAUUUCGCAUCAAGAAGACACGCUUCAAGGUGCUGGAUUCUCCCACCGGCAUCGCCGUCGACUCGUGGCGGAUGCAGGACUGGGACUACAAGCGCCGAGACCUGCCCACCUACGCUCGUGGCCUCUUCACCACGCGGAACCCCGAGUCGGGCCACUACGAGAUCGCCGUACGGGGAUAUGACAAGUUCUUCAACACAGGCGAGGUGCACGCCACAGAGUGGGACAACAUGCGCAAAACCACACAAGGCCCCUACGAGUUGACGCUCAAGGAGAAUGGCUGCAUCAUCUUCAUCGCCGGUCUCGAGGAUGAUACACUGUUGGUCUGCUCCAAGCACUCUACCGGCCCUCGCAGUGACGCCGAUCUCAGCCACGCGGUUGCCGGGGAGCGUCUGAUCAAGAAGCAGCUUGACAAGAUCGGCAAGACCACUCAGGACUUGGCCAGGGAGCUGAGGGCCCGCAAUGUCACCGCCGUCGCCGAGCUAUGCGACGACAGCUUCGAGGAGCACAUUCUCGCCUACGGCCCAGACAAGGCCGGCCUCUACCUGCACGGAAUCAACCUCAACCUCCCCUCUUUCAGGACAUAUGCCAGCUCACUAGUCCAGUCAUUUGCCAGCGAUUGGGGCUUCAAGCAGGUCGGACUCCUCACGUUUGAGGAUCUCGACUCGACCAAGACGUUCCUGGACAAUGUCGCUGAGACGGGCGCCUACGACGGACGGGAUGUUGAGGGCUUCGUUAUCCGGUGCAGGAAGUCUCACGACCCGGCCAAGGUGCCAUACGAAGAUUGGUUCUUCAAGUACAAGUUCGAGGAGCCGUACUUGAUGUACCGCCAGUGGCGCGAGUGCACAAGGGCCCUGAUCGCAUCCAAGCCGCCCAAGUUCAAGAAGCACAAGAAGAUCACCGAGGAGUACCUGCUUUUCGCACGCAAACGCCUCGCUACCGACCCGAACCUAGUCAAGGCCUACAAUCAAAACCAUGGUAUCAUUGCGCUGCGAGAUGAAUUCCUAAAGUUCAAGAACCUCAAGGGCUCAGACGCUGCCAACCUUGAACCCGAGUUUGGAGGUGAGGUAAAAACCGAGGUUGCUGGAGAUGUCAUCCUCGUGCCUAUCGCCACCAUCGGUUGCGGCAAGACGACGAUAGCCGUUGCCCUGUCCCACCUGCUCGACUUCGGACAUGUGCAGAAUGACAAUAUCCAGGGCAAGGGCCGCCCGCCCAAGUUCACAAAGUGGGUUCUAGAUGAGCUCAAGGAACACCGUGCCGUGGUUGCAGACCGCAAUAACGCCCAGCGCCACGAGCGGAAGCAGAUCCUGACUGACGUCAAGAUUCAACACCCCACGGCGAUCAUGGUUGCGCUCAACUUUGUGCACGACGACGUAGACGAGAUCCGCAAGGUCACGCAGGGGCGCGUCUUCGCGCGUGGCGACAACCAUCAGACAAUCCAAGCUGCCUCGGAUACGGCAAAGGUGGUUGGCAUCAUGGAGGGCUUCAUUGGGCGGUUUGAGCCAUGCAACCCGAUGGCGGCACCUGACAUCGGAUUCGACGCCAUUAUCCGCCUAGACCCUACCGCCGACAGCCGAGCAAACCUGGAGACUGUUAUCAGGGAGCUGCACGGCCUUUACCCGAACCUGAUCACUGAAGUUCCGAGUGCUGAGGAGAUGGACACCGCCAUCGCCGUCGCCAUUAGCGACUACCAACCCGAGAUGCGGCAUAGCAUCUCCAGCAGGGGACCCAACAAAAACACGACGCAGACCCAGCCCCCGCCGCCCCCACCGGGAAAGAAGCUGAAGAUCGAGUACAUUUCGGUCAAUGUGCCAGCUCAGGAUGUGCUCCAGGCGCUGGAGAAGGCCUUCAAGAAUACGACCCCGGAGCAGUCGAGGAUGUACAAGAUGCUAGAGCAGACGCGCCGGAUUCAACCGCAGUUCCAUGUCACUCUGAUUCACAAGUCCGGCUCGGGCGAGCGGCCAGAGCUGUGGGAUCGGUACUCGAACAUGAACGCCGAGGCCAAGACGGCGAACCCGUCGGUCCCAUACCCAUCCAUGCCGGAGAUGGGCCGGUGCGAUGUGCAGCUCGAGCGUGUCGUGUUUGACGAUCGAAUCAUGUCCAUCGUCGUACGGCUGGUAAAUCCCGAUGGCGGUGAAGGCUGGGAGUGCCUCAACAAGGUACCGCAUAUCACGGUCGGCACCAGGGACAUGUCGAUCAAGCCCAAGGAGAGCAACGACUUGUUGGCGCGUUGGCUUGAUGAGAGCACCGAUGGUGGCAAGAUCGAUCAAAUCCCUUUCGAGGACCGGCCUAUCCUGAAGGGAACGGUCAAAGCAGUCCUCUCCAGGUAG